UGGAAGUAGUACUUGCUGGAGGCCAAGCCGAUCUGUUCCGAGCCACAAGAUUACAAAAUACACCGUGUCGAUGUGAUGAUGAUUCAGAGGCGAUGAAACUUGUCGGGGUCUUCUAGGAGUGUUCGAACAACAGGAAAAAGGGAAGACGACUCACCAUUCGGUGUCGAGCAUUUGACCCCAAAUCUUUGUAAAACACAAUGCACAAGCAAACCGGGAAAGGCCUUUACUCUUAAAAAGUUGCUUUGAAAAUUUUGACCCGACGGUGAAGGUGGUGAAAAUUCCGAUAUACUUCGCAUCAUAGUUCAAACAAAUUACGCGAUUGGCGCAGUCAACGCCAGCGGCUUCCGGAUUGUGAUUUUGGGUGUGGUGGGGGAAUAUCAAUCACCCACCUUGAGAUGGUGAAGGAGACCGAAUACUAUGACGUGCUGGGAGUCAGUCCCACGGCAACUGAGGCCGAGAUUAAAAAAGCUUAUUACAUGAAGGCGCGACAAGUCCAUCCAGAUAAAAACCCAAAUGACCCUAACGCAGCAGAAAAAUUUCAGGUUUUGGGUGAGGCUUAUCAGGUUUUGAGUGACCCUCACCAACGGCAAGCUUAUGAUACUCAUGGAAAAUCUGGAAUCUCAACUGAUGCUAUUAUUGAUCCAGCAGCAAUCUUCGCCAUGCUUUUUGGCAGUGAGCUUUUUGAGGACUACAUCGGCCAAUUAGCCAUGGCAUCAAUGGCAUCAAUGGAUAUCUUUAGUGAAGGGGAACAAUUUGAUGCGAAAAAGUUACAAGAGAAAAUGAGGGUGGUUCAGAAAGAGAGAGAAGAAAAGCUUGCAGAGAUACUUAAAAACAGACUAAACCAAUAUGUCCAAGGAAACAAAUCGGAAUUCAUCAAUCAUGCAAAGGAUGAAGUGUCACGACUAUCCAAUGCAGCUUAUGGCGUUGAUAUGUUGAAUACCAUUGGCUACAUAUAUGCAAGGCAGGCGGCAAAAGAGCUGGGGAAGAAAGCAAUUUAUUUAGGUGUACCUUUCAUUGCUGAGUGGUUUAGAAACAAAGGGCACUUCAUCAAAUCCCAAGUUACAGCAGCUACAGGGGCCAUUGCUCUGAUCCAGCUGCAGGAGGAUAUGAAGAAGCAGCUAAGUCAAGAAGGGAACUACACUGAAGAAGAACUUGAAGAAUACAUGCAAUCCCACAAGAAAUUAAUGAUCGACUCAUUGUGGAAGCUUAAUGUAGCUGACAUUGAGGCUACUCUAUCUCGUGUCUGUCAAAUGGUUCUCCAAGACAAUAACGUCAGAAAAGAAGAACUCCGUGCACGAGCCAAGGGGUUGAAAACUCUUGGUAAAAUCUUUCAGGGAGUGAAGUCAGCCGAUGGAAAUGAGAGUGAAAAUGUACCAAAUAAACCUGGAAUACAUAAAUUGAAUGGUAGUGAACCAAGCAGUGACUCUUGUUCUCCUGGUACAUCUCAAAGAAGUUCAAGUACUGAUUUUUCAUCAAUGACUGCCUCUGUGCCUCAGAGUCCCUAUGUGGAGGCCCCUCAAUUUGCAGGCUCUUACGUGGACUACCCUAGGCCAACAGCACCCCCCGGUGCCCAGAGACCUCCAAUCAACAGGGAUUGAUAUAUGGGAUUUUGACGCCUCUUGUGUGUGUAUUUAUGUCUUGGCCGGUGUGAGAGGCUAUAUGUAUAUUUGGUUCGAUCUUAUUCUUCAGAUUUGGUUUUAUAGAUUUGCGUCGUGGAUUUUUAGGAUGAUUGAGAAUGAUGGCCUUAUUUUUGUCUUUAGGCCGAGGUGGCCUUGUUGUUAGGACCUCCUUUUUAUGGAGAUGCGAUGAUAUUUGGAUUCUCCAAUGACCCUCGUAUGGUACUAAGAUUAUGUACAAGGUUUUUAAUUGGUGAAUUUGAAGUGAAUGUCGAUCCUUUGCAAAAAGUUGUUUAUAGUUAUGAAAUGCAUAUUUGUAGUA